AUGUCGAACGACGAGACGCAGUCCGCACCUUCAGCGGUUAGUAACCAACGCCCGAACUCGAAUGGCCAGGCUCAGUUUGCGCUGCCGCGAGACUGGAUGUGGGAAUUUGGCCACAGUAAAUGCUUCCAAUAUCAUGGGCCGAUCCAGUUCGCGGUUAUUGAGUGCUGGAGCUACCAGAAUGGUACAACAUCAGCAUCACCGCCGACGGUGGUGCGCAGGUACGACGAGUACAGGCAGGAUCAGAUCUUUCGGCGACUGCAGGAGCCCAUUCCACUCUGCGAUGGUAAUAAACCGUCACUGGGCUUCCAGAUGGUGGUAGUUUCUCUCAACACUCGGCAUUUGCCACAGUUGGGUGACCCGGCGCUCAAAGCGCUGAAUGAAGCGCUGGGUUUGCCACAUAGUCACCACCAUUAUUCUUCUUGGUCGUUUGGGGCAGUUGGGAUGUUUCAACUUCCAGAUGGUUCUUGGUUGUUCGCUCGUCCGCGAACCGGGGCUCACACCUCGACUACCACCAUGCUUCGUUAUAACCCUCACAUGAACAUCACCCGUGGGGUAUUCUACACUAACGCCACAUUUUCAGACUUCAAGGGUAUCAUACCGGAGUUUGAAAUCUGCCCCCAUCCGCUCAUUCUGCCGCUCCUCGCUCUCGAAUUCAAUCUCUAUGCAAAGGUGGAAUCCUUAGAGGACCACGAAAUCACCCUUAGAGAAGUCGAAGGAGCCACUGGUCACGGAGUUGAGGAUGAUAGAACUGUGAAAGAGGGAUCAGAAGACUAUCGGGUUCUCGUAAAAAGCCUGAGCAGGGCACGCAGCGGUACCCACACGGCAGUAGAAGAUCUGCAGUCCGUGCAGUGGUGCGUUGAAUUUAUUCUGAAGAAGAUACAAUUCAUGGACGACAGGCUACCGCCUGAUACACGUGUUAAGCUAGGCAAUUCUUCUACGAGAUUGCAAGAACGGGCGGAGUUCAUCUCGAGUGCUACCCAGCAUGCGAUGUUAAGCAGUAACAAGGAGCGCUUCGAGGCACAGCACGCGACACUCUUCAAUCUGAUUACCCAACAUGACAGCCUUUCCAGUAUGAACAUCGCCCAGGAUUCGCGCAAGAUUGCCAACGCGAGCAGACACGACAGUUCAACAAUGAAGGCAAUGACCGUCCUGGCGACUUUCUUCCUCCCGGGAACCUUCAUUUCUACGUUCUUUUCCAUGGAACUGUUCGACUGGGAUGCGCCGUCCAUCAGCCAGGUUGCAAAGCCUCACUUCUGGAUUUUCUGGGCAGUCGCUGCGCCACUUACGCUAAUAACCAUGACGCUCGUUGUGAAGUGGGCAUUUGGGAACUCGUUGGGGACCAAAAAUGCAAAUAAAGAAGAACGGCAUGGUGUCAGCCAAAUGAUAGCUGGUCAAGUGGAAAAGCUAAAGAGUGCCACUAACAUACAGACGACGAAUGUGGUUUAG